AUGGCCGAAGAGAAAUCAAGCUCGAAGCGGCCCCGUUCCAAGAGCUCCAAAUUCAAGCGCACUAAGGACGCCGAACCCGAUGCCGACGCCGAUGUAAAUAUGAAGACAUUGGAAACAAACCAAGAAGAUGAUAGCAAGGAAAACGCCGUAGAGAGGGGCGAGAAGGGCGCUGUCGCUGAUAAAAGAAAUCAUCGUGAUAACAAGAAGCGGAGACUUGCUGAGCAGGAUGAGCAAGCUCAUGUACCUGUGAGCGAGGAGAAGAAGGAGGAUAUCGGCGAACCCAAGACAAAGAAGAAGAGAGUCUCGUUCUCGGCGGAGGCUAAGGUCAAGUCCCCGUCGCCGGUGGAGGGGGAUGAGGAAGCAGAAGCGGAUGACGAGAAUGGGGAAUCAAGCAAAAAAGAAAAGAAGGAGAAGAAGGAGAAGAAGGAGAAGAAGGAGAAGAAGGAGAAGAAGGAGAGGAAGGAGAACAAGAAGGAGAAGGGGGAGGAAGUGAAAGGGGACAUGGACUCAACGAGUACAAUGCAAAAUUCGGGCGAGUCCCCUGUCCUCGCCUACCUUAGUCAGUACUACAACGACCGGUCCUCAUGGAAGUUCCAGAAAAUCCGCGAGAUUCAACUCUUCAAACAUAUUCUUUCGCUGGAGCAUGUCCCUGCUACAUAUGAUGCCGCUAUACUUUCAUAUCUGAAAGGGCUGAGGGGCGAGGCUGCCAAGCAACGAUUACGGGAUUUGUCUCAAGCUGCUAUCAAAGCGGAUGUUGAGGAGUUAAAAGAAGUCUAUGUGGACCUUUCUGAGAGAUCAGUUGACGACCAGGAGCCGUCACCUAUGGAGAACUAUAAAAAAGCCGUAUACGCUUUCCGGACGAAACUCACUGCAGGUGAAUCAACGGACGACCUCGGCGAAGCCUUUGAGAGAUUGAGUGAGGAAAUGCUGCAGAGGUUCCGAAAGAGGCGACGUGCUGAAACUGUCUAUUUUGCUGUUGAGGGAAAGGUCUUCACCAUGUCGAAUCUGAAAGCACCACCCCAGAAGGGCAAAAAUGACGCUCAGAACCAGCAGGUGAUAAAAAAGAAGAAGAACAGAACCGCCGUUAUCGAAAUCUCGAGCAGCAGCGACAGCGACAGCGAUGACGAAAAGAAGAGCUCCAAGAAACCAGAAUCUGUGAAGAAACAACCCGUUAAGAGGAAGAAGAAGAAGACCCGGACUGCUGUCAUAGAGUUUUCUAGCAGCAGCGAGAGCUCAAGUGGCGACAGCGACUCUUAG